AUGGCCGCCGAAGAUGUUUGCACGACAGAAAUGGACUCUUCAACUGCUUGGUUAGUUGAAAGAGCAAGGCAAAGUUUACGAGAAAAUAAUCCUUACGAGGCAAAAGCUUGGUUAAUUACUGCGAAGACCUUGUAUCCGAAAGAUUUUGGUAUUCAGGUGAGGUCUCUUGCAAUCCAAGUUUCCUUUAUUUAAAUUAAAGAAAAGGUUAUUGCAUGAAUGAAUAUACGUAUCCCCCCGUUGAGGACCAAUAGAAUUCUUCAGGGGUAAGUUAUAAAAAUUGAGGAUUUCUUUAGAGGUAAAGUAAAAAAAAAUAUGGAAUUCUUUGGGUGUGGAUCUUUAUAAAUUCUCAUGAAAUUCCUCAGACCCAUAUUCUUCAUGAGGUAGACCCAUAUUUUAUGGAAGUCUUCAGUGCUGAAUGCAAUUUUAUUAAAUCUCCAGGGGCAAAAAGAAAACGAAAGUCCUCAAGGAGGGGGGGGGGGAUAUGGGAUAUGGAUACUAAAAGCAACCCAAUUUUAUCAUGAUUCAAUGUUUCACCAUUUUCUUGACCACUUUUUUUGAAUAUCAAUAUUAUUUUUAGUAUGAAGCAUACAGUAUUGAAAGAAAUGCUGAGAGAGUGCAGGAGUCUGCUAAGCUCUUCUACCACAUGUAAGUCUGGGCCUCUAUCUCAUGGGGGUUGGGGGUAGGGGUGGGGGCAGUGGCACCUCCUAUGGCACAGAACUAAAGCUGAGGGUUUUUCACGACACACUUUUUCAACCAAAAUGAUUUAAGCUUCCUGUGUGUCUGCUCCUUCUCUUCUUCCCCAGUGUUGAGAUGCUUGCAAAUGAGCAAAUUUAUCUUUAAAUCAAUAUUGGUGAUAGACUGCAAAACAAUCCAUAUUUUGUGUAUUCAAGUACCCACGAGCAAACAAAAGGUCUGGAACAAAAUGAAAAUGGAGAGAUUGAGACUGGGGAGAGGCGCUAAUUUUUCUCUUGCCACUACACACGCCCAUAAGGUGCGCGCGUGAGACUACUAAUUUGUUUACUGAUUUUGAGAAAAAAACCAACUGUUUUGCAGUCUACAUUGGUGAAGAUGUAAUGUGACUCAGGUUUCAACAUCUGUAUGAAACUCAACUAUUGUAGGUAUUUGGGGGGACACUCCUCUGCCCAGCAAAAUGAAAUUGCAGCUGUGAUUCAGUGAGCAGUGAAACCCCAUUCCUAGAGAAUUGCAUGAUCGAAGUGAUAAGAAAUGCUAGCAAUAUAAGUACCAGACUUUUUCUAAUCAAUUUUCUGAUUACUGUAAAUUAGGUUUGAGCAGUUUCCUGACAGUGACUUGCUUUGGAAAGAAGUCGCAAGUUUCACAGAUGCUCUAGAGGGUGAAGUAAUGAAUCAACACAGCAAAUUUCUGACAGGUGAAUGUCCAUGAACCUUAUAUCUUGAUUUGUUUCUCUGCAUAACAUGUAUUUUUAAUACUUUAAUAAAAGCAAAAAAAAGUCCAGAUGCUUUUUUCUGGCAGAUCUGAAAAUUAUUCCAUAUGGCUUAGUUUGCAAAAUCUCUCCAGCUAACUCUCAAACUUUGUCACCAGCAAUAUAACGGACCAGUAAUUUGAAAAAGGACUUAAUAUUUCUUUUCUUUUAUUUGAACUUUUUAUUUAACAACUUCAUUCAAAAUGACCAUUAUUUUUCAGACAUGUUCAUCCUUCCACAGCAACUUCAUGAACACCCAAAUGUUUUUCAUUCAAAAUUACCUCAAGAAGACCAUUUUAUUUUUCCAGAAACCAUGUUCAGAUCCAUGUCCUUCUACUGCAGCAUCCAUUUUAAGAAGAAACUUCUUCUCUUUCAAGCCAUGCCAGCAUUUAGUCAGGGGGCCAGGUUUAUGCAAAAAACCAUAUUUCUCCCAUGAAAAUCUUGUCCCACUAUGUUUUUUCGCUUUUAAGAUCUUAAAAGGCUUUCCCAGAAACUUUUCCCACUGAAAUGAACUUAAAUCCCAAAGGAUUUGAGGCAAGAACCCAUUCUCCCUGAUUUGUCACUUUUAAACCAGAAACCUUUUGCUUUCUGCACUGCCCCAUCUGCAUCAGGCUGCCUGUGCAGAUCCAAUAGUCCCUUUUUGGCAAAAUUCACAGGACUGAAUGGUUUAAUCUCAAAUCCAGGUUUCACUCCAUCUGACACUAAAAAUGGCAACCUCUCUUGGCCAUGGGAGAUCCUGGUAUGAGAUAAAAUGAUUGAUUAUGAUUAUAAUGUGUCCAUUCUUAACCUGGGGCGGGUUUGCAAGUUGUUAAGGCAAAGCUCCAAUCUUCUCUGGCAUGAAUGAAUCAGUACAAAAAAUGGUUUUGAAAUGGCUCAGUUGUCAACAAAUUUGAAGGUCCAUUUGCAUUAUUCAUAAACCUAAUUACCUAAUUACUUCAUAAACCUAAUUACUUAAGUUAAAUUCUUGAAAUAAAGUUUUAUUGUUUUUGUUAAGCCUUACUUUAUGUUUUUCCAGGGAGAUGCAAAGAUUGCAUUGAAAAAUGUCGAAUGAUGCUACUUCUGAUGAGGAGGUUCCCUGACGUGAUCCCAAGAAAUGGGGUAUAGUUGAAUGUUACAUGAUUAUGUAACAGUAGUUUUUUGUCUUUUAUUGGCUUGUUUCAAAUACAGAGACAGUUUUGCCACUAGCCUUUCAUCCUGUUGACAGUGUCCCCUCCUCUGGCUCCUAGAGAUCAUGAACGCCUGUGUGGCUGAUGCAAAAAGGAGAGUGGAUAAAAAUGCUAAAGGGAACGGGUGAUCUUGGGAAUGAUGUUGAAUAACCCUAGAAAGAGCAAAGAACAAGUAGUGUAUGAAAUACAGGGGUGCAUGCACGUCCCAUUUACCUUGUUUAAACCAUGAAGACCUAGGGCCCGGUUCCUCGAAAGAUGGCUAAGUUUAACCCAGGAUUAAGCCAAAUUUGAACUCAAAUCUAAGAACAUGCAACUCAAAUUCAGUUUAAAUCUGUUUGCCCUUUUGACUAGGGAUACAGCUAAAUGAUAAUACAAAAAACUUAUCCUGAGCAAUGUGUUUUUGAAACAAGAAAAAACAAAAACAGAAAAAAUUUAAUUCUGGAUUAACACUUAACUGACCUUUCACAAACCUGGGCCCUAGGAGUAACAAUCAUCAAUAUUUUCCUAACAAUAUAAAGACAUACUGUAUUUCCUCGAAUAAUAGCCGGGGUUGGGGUUGGUUAUUUCUGUUUUUGCACCAAAAGGGGGUGAUUAAUAAUAUUGAGGGAAGGCGAUUAUUCGAGGGAGGCGAUUAUUUGAAGUAUUGCUCAGUGGAAGUCGGGCCCUAAAUAUUUUGUUUUAUUUUCCCAUUAAAUCAAAAAAUUAUCACAUUGAAUGAGCUUUUUUUAAGUGUUCCAAAUUUGUUUUUCGUUGAUUCAUUUUUAAAGCUUGAAUCAUCACUGAUCAGUUUUGCUGGAUCAGAUUCCCCUUCAACUUGACAGGGAGGGGGUAAAAGAAAGAGAAGAUGGCGAGAGGGAUGGGAGGGGGGGGUGAUUAUUCGAGGGAGGCAAUUAAUCAAGGGACGGCUUUUAUUCAAGGAAAUAUGGUAAUCAAAAGUAAAGGUUGUGAGAAAUAAUAAAAUGAUCACCAAAGGGAAUUAUGCUUUGAUCUUUUUUCAAAUCCUAUGUGAAAUAGUGGCAUAUGAAAUUUUUGAGCGAAUUCUGUGUAUUAAGACUGAUCAGUUUUCAUUUCUUUUUAACCAAGGUGACUUUGAUCGAGAUGUUAAUUAAUGCUGAAAAGUCUGAGUAUCCUGAUACUGCGGUUAACCCAUACAGGAAGUUGUUAGGUACAAAUCAAAUUUAAAUUGGUCUGGAUAUUCUACAUUUACAAGCAAAUGUGUCCAUGUUCAGAGGACUCUGCAAGGGUGGAUCUGGGGGAUUCCCUGCAUGCCCUUUUACCUUCUUUUACCCCAGCUAUUACUUCUUCAUUUUAGAUACAAUAUUAGUAUCUUUCAUGACCCUUCCCCAACCCUGCCCCUUGUCAAAAUCCUAGGUCUGUCCCUACUUUGAGUAAAUAUGUUUUCUCUGAAAUGUGUAAUUGAGAAUACUGGGAAUAUAGCCACCUCCCCUCCCUGGAUGGGAUACUAUUCCAUCGCAGGGUUCCUCCAGUAGUACGUCGCCAGUUCUCCUUGUAUACCUGAGUGAAGAGAGACAACACAUAGAGCAAAGCUUCUUCUCUAAGGAAACUUUGCGAUGGCAAUUAGCCUUGAACUCAGACCUAAAGAAUACAAAGUUUAAGGUGUUGACCAUUUGGCCAUGGCCAUGGCCAUGUCUCCUUUCUACUUUCACUUUUUAGUAUCAAUAAAUAUGUAGAUGUACAUUGACAAUAGCCAUUAAUAAUUAUUAUUUAAUUAAUUAAUUAAUUACUUUAAUUAUUAUUUAAUUGUUUAAUAAUUAAUUAUUAUUUUUCCCAUUUCAGUUUGUGAUGUACUGCCUCAUUUACUGGCCAGUGAAAACAUGACAGUUCAUGCUACUCGUGUGAGUAGUAGCAGUAGCCAAGAUGAAGAGGUUUGUGAUUUCCUACAGGGUGACUUUUGAUCAAUCUUUGUUGAUAUGAUUAUUCUCAUAAAUAAAGUCGUUACUUUGAAACAACACGAGGAACAAGAACAAGGAGUAGAGUUUGGCAGAGAUGCCAACCUCUGGGAGAUCUGAAAUCUGGUGACUGUCUCUUUUGCAGUAAUCCUCUCCCAAUAUCACCCACCUCACUAUACCUCCUAUACACACAAAUUGACCCAGUUCCCAGACCAAGUUGUGGAUGUAGCUCAGGACUUUAUACAUAGUCUUACAUGAAGGGUGGAACAUCAGCCAAUGCUUCCAUGAAUGUAAAGAUGAAAAUAGUCUUUGUCAGCGUUGAAAUGUGUGCAAAAAUGCUGCCAGAAAUGGUGCUAUGAUAGUCUUAAAUAUUUGAUCUGUCUGGUCAUUGUGUCUGACCACAAGUAGGAUUUUGUCGCACAUUGGGCAAAUUUCAUUUAGACAUUUCUCUUGAUAAUUUGCGGCUCUGCUUUUUAUUUUCUUGUCGGAAUAAAAAGGGCAAUCCUAAAGAGAUAAAUUUCAUCAGUUUGCCCACCCAUCAGGGUGCAAAGAAAGUCAGUUUUACAGCUUGCCAUUCGGGAAUGCUGUAGCUAGCAUGUGCUCCCCCAAAAGUCAUUUCAACUUGAGAGUUAAAAUUUUUGUUGAGCAUUGAUUUCAGUUCUUCUGUAAUUUGAAUUUCCCAAAAAAAUUCACUAGCCCUAAGGCAAAAUCCACUAGCUCUGGGCUUUUGGACACUACUUUCUUUGUCCACUGUUCAUAUCAUGAAUCAGAAUACAGGAUUUGAUUCAUCAUGUCCAAGUGAGGUGCCCUCCAUUUAUACUAUACUAACAGUUUUAACUUUCCUCAUUCAGGACCUUCCUUCUGGCAUCUCACUAACCCAGGUGUACAAGUGGCUAGAGUUAUCCAUUCAGUUCUAUGUCUCAUGUGCCACUGUACAUAAUUCAGUAAAUGAACACUCUGAUACUCAGUAUAACAGCCUCAUAGACACUAGCAUUAUUGCAGAAGUACUUGAUGGCAAAGGUCCGUGGAUAGCCCUUCAUGAAUUGUUUUACUUGACGGCCAAAAAGUGCGGUUGGAUUGAGAUCUGUAGCAUUCAAGAAAGGCUUGAUUCUCACAAGUACAGGUAGUGUAGAAGUGAAAUAACUAUUGCAAGUUGCUUGAUCAAGGAUGUAUAGGAAUAGGCCCUUUGAUCAAGGAUAUAUGGAGGAAUAGGCCAAGACAAACAAAGAAAAUUACCAUUUCAGAUUAUGUAUAUCUUUUGAUCCCAGCCAUUCAUGUGGCACAAAACCACUGUGCCCUGUCCAGAAGAAUGGUCCUAAAAAUCUGUGUGCACACUGGGACAAUUGAAAAAAGAUUGAAAGAAAAUUUAAAACCAUUUCAAAAAAGGGCCUUCAAAAGGGUGUGAUUUACUUUCUACAGUCAAAAAACCUAAUCCAUUUUUCAAUAAUAUUACUGGAACUGAAACAGGUGUAGAUCAGUACCAGAUACAUGUAUCCACAGCAACUUUUAAUUACUUAUUCACUUGGUUUUUCAUUGAUGUUGCAGAAGUAGCAAUGAUCACUGGACAAGUAUCUCUGAGUUGCAUCAGAAAUUAAAGAAAAUGACAAAACACAGUUCAGAAGAGGAGGUUGGUGAUGACACUGUAGAAAAAACUGGACUCAUGUAUGCUGCCACCAUCUUGUUCCUGCAAACUGUUUGGGAAUACUGUCGUGUGGUCAACAGGCUUGAUUCAGUUUGUGAGUAAAGACCAAUGUAGCGAUAGUUCAUUCACUUAAUAGAGUAAAUUUUGUUAUAAUGUGAUAAAUGCCAUGACUGGCAGAUCUGCCAGAAAAGGCUUGUUGCUGGCCUGGGUGUGCUACCACUGCAGACAUUGUUGUGUUGUGUUGUUGGCCUAAGCAUCACAGGAAUGUCACUAAGCUUUCAAGUUGCCAGGUAAAUACCACAUUAGGCAGGGAAUCAAACAGCUAGGGAUUUCUUUUGGCUCUAUUUUUCUGUGAAAGUAGCCCAGAGCCGCAUUUAUAGUAGCUGGGGGAAAUCCUUGGUCCCCGCCUCUUUAUGACAGCCCUGGCUUCAACUCAUAGUACCAGCUGGGAGGUGAGGUGUUACUCAAUGGAAGUUGACAGUCAUGUUAAUUGCCAAAAGGUAAUUAAUGCCAAAGGUGUGUAGUGGUCCUUUCUUCAGUUUCUCUAUCUUUCUUUAUCCCUUUCUACUGCCAGAGUGAAUAAUGGAGUUUUCUAAGGUGGCUCUUACUUUUGAGUCUGAGGACAAAAUCUUAUGGAGUGGCCAUUCAAACAAAAUUUCUCUACCUGUACUUUCCAUAUUCUCAAUGGAACAGUGGCAUUAAUUUGUUUUGUUGUUGUUGUUUUUUUGACAGCCUCCUCUGGUUUAGUUCAUCCUUUGGUCUUGGUUGAGGACAGUAUUGAGGGCAGUAAUCCAAAUUCCAUGAACUCAGCAGGAGCCAGUAGGUAGGAGUGUUAAAAUCACCUGCAAGAGCACUCCCUAUAAUGGCCUAUAUGGGGAGGCUCCGCCCGAGAGGGGUACCUUUCUCAGGCUUGAGGUAUAUAAAAGGGUAGGGAUUACACUAAUUAUUGAAGUAUAUGAAAGGGUAGGAAAAUCUGUCGUUGUGGUUUGUGAGAGGACCUAAUAGGGCUAGCAGAUGCAUUUUAUGGCUGUGAAGAAGACAAGAAAUCUUUCUUGUUUAGUGUGAUUUAUUUAUAUUUAAAAGACAAUGCAUUUGCAGCAGUUAAGGGAUCGAGUGUUCUAAACUAGAUAUGUGAAAGGGGUACCAUUUGUCAAUAAAAGGUAUACGAAAGGGGUACCUUUUCCAUCAAAAACGGAAUACAAAAGAGUAAGUUGAUUAUAGGAUUAUAGAUAAGUUACUAUCAAUAACUUGUGAGAGAAAACCAUAUAAGAUCAUGUAAAUGUCAUGGAGUGUUCUAAAUAAACAGGUACAUGUGCACGUGUUUAUAAUAAUAAAUUGUGCUUUUUGUGCUUUUUAUAGUCCGGCACCAAAGAAGAAGAGGCGAAAACUGGCAUCUGUAAGUAUGAUACCGUACCAGUACAUAAUAAAAUAUAUGAUCUAGGUAAAAGUUCAAGUUUGUAAAUGGUCUGUACUGCAUAAUAUCAUCAAAUAAAAGCUAGGAUCGAAAAAACGACAAGCAACUUCUGAUCAAUAAUGUUGUCGCUCCAAAUUUCCUUCUGUUUUCUUGGCUAAAGAGGGAGAAUUACAGGGGUGGAUCCAGAAAAUUCAGAAAGGAGUGCCCUGGACACUUGCCCACUUGCCAGCUAUAUAGAUACUUUUGAUUUUUCUGAGAAUUUUAUGCAAAUAAUACAAAAUUUCAAAUAAAAAGGGGUGGCCAUAGCCCCCUCUGCUCACCCCUAAAUCCACCCUUGUUAACUGAUAUUACAUCAGGAAUCACUUUCACACAUCCUUCAAACCAGUUUGAGGACUGUUUGAGGAUUAAUCACAAUCUGGUUGGACAUAAUUGGAAAGGCAAAAAAAAAAAAAAGUACUACAACUUUCAUUAUACUAGACCAUGAGACCAAAAUCACUAAGAUAAUUAAUAUAUAAUAUUAUAAAUAUAAUGUUAUAUCUCUUGAUGGUAUGAAUAUGGUGCGAGGCUGUAUGGUGAAUUAAGACCCACUAAACUUGCCCACCACAGAAUGUGAAUUGACUGACUAUGGUUGUACAAACUUUGCUUUGUGUGAAAUAUGUUGACCAGAUUUGCUGUAAUAACAUAUAAGCUUCUUUAGCAGGUUAGUCAUGGUUCCCCUGGCACAGAUGAUGGCAAAAAUAAGCAGUCAUCACACAUAAUAAUAGACAAAAGUGAGUCCGGCGGCCUGCAAUGUAGUCCUGUUUAGUUUGACUUUUAAAAGCAAUAACGGACAGGUCAGAGGUGCUAUGUUGAGAAAAAUAUAAGGACAAGAUAAAAUUUUCUUGAGGUCGCGGAAAGUUGGGAAUUUGGCACUAAUAUGAGAAACUGUGAGUGUUUGUAAAAGUCAAUGAAAAAUUGAGAGAAUUGUAUGUUCAGGUUUCCACAUUAUUAGAGAUGAGUCACGUUUAAGGCAAACGGCAAACGUCAGAUUCAAGUUGAGAAUUCCUCAGAAUAGAAAAAAAGCAGAUAAAAACUGUCCAGAACAACUCUUAUACAAAAAACUGGCGUGAAACUACUUAUAUUUGAGUGGAAGUAAUAAACAGCAAACGACAAAUACGGGGAAAAUUUGGUUAAGUGGUACAAAUUCACUUUUGCCGUUUGGCGUAAACGUGAAUCUUAAUCCCUGUAUCAUCGGGAUUUUACUCUGAUGCAGCUUUCAAAGAUAUUAAUUCAGUUUCUUUUUGCAACCUGAAUAUUUCAUUAGACUAGAAAUUUAGGACCCCGCCUCCCAUCUAUGUUGAAAAAAAAUUAGAUCCUACUGCCAUACUCAAGUGUACUCCUUGGGUUUAGCUAAAAGAAAUCCCUAGGGAAGUGGUAAAAACCAAAUGUUCUCCCCCCCCCCACCCCAUUCAAGAUCUCCUCCUUUGAAUUUGCUCCGUGCUUUCAUAUAGCAACAAACCUAACAGUGAAUAAAAGCUUAACAUUUUGAGUCAGCGCUUAACCCUAAUCAUGAUCGAAAUCAUGGGUCGAAGGGGGGCAAAACUGACUGUUUCCCCGUACAAGACAUAAGUCAGCAUUUUUUUAUGGGGGGACAGGGGGUACAUAGAGACAUCAUCAGUAUUUCUGUGGAGUGGUGGCCAUGGGUCCAAAUUGUGUACAGCAGACGACGCUGUUCUAAUAUGUAUUUCUAAAUCCUUGCGUCAGAUUGUGGUUCCGUGAGUCAAAGCCUUUCAGAUGACUUUCAUGUAUCCGUGGAGGCGUGGCAUCUUCUGAACACCCAUGUUGAUUAUAAAAACGGUUAGUUUUGAAUUCUUUUUUCACUUUGUAUUUGCGCAUUUUUUUCAGUCUUUUUCACAGUGGAAUGUUAUGGGCUGAAAUCCCACAUGGGACUUAGCAGAAUGCAGAAUAGAUGUUAUUUUUUGCGUUUCAGGCAAGCGUAGGCAAGCACAAAAACAGCGCGCUGCGCGAGUCACACGCAACGGGAGGCACGCGUGACUCGCGCGGCACCCUCUUCUUGCGCUUGCCUUCGUGUCUCGAUGACUGUGAAUUCGCGCCAUUUCAAACUUUAUCGUUCUUAUUCCAUCCCACAGAAUUUAUAAGAUGUUAGCGGAUUUUUCUGUAGUCAAUUUCUGAAGGACUCAAUCUUAAUUCUGUUGGUUCUACAGGAAAGGAAACAGAAAAUCUCUGUCUUGUGUUGACGUGCUACAUAAAACUUGAUUAGUAGUCUCCCGUUGUGCAGCAAGGGCAAAGAAAUGUACGAAGAAAGUGUGAUGCGUGUACAGAGCUUUUUAAUGCUAAACCUCGGUUUUUACCUUUUUUGUUGCCAUCGCCGUCAAAGUAGAAGAAAACCCUAACUCGUAGACUAAUUGUUAAGUAGAAUUGUUUUGGUUUUGCUCAGUUGUUGUUGUCGUUGUUUAUAUGCGCACCAACGUAAGAAUAUCUUUUGGUCAGAUUUUGUUCGUCUAUUGGAUGAGUGGGAGGUUGGGCAGUGGAACUGGAUGAGAACGUUUCAAGUUGACCGACUUAUUUAUAAGGUAAAAAAGCAGUUCUUGUCUUAGAAGGGUAGUUAUCGUUUGAUAAAAUCACUAGGUCGAAGCAUUUUAGUUAAUUUCAUUCAUUUUUGUUGAUUACGAGCCAUAAAGUUCACGUUAGCAAAGGAAAUUCUUUUAAGACAAAUGAAGUUUCUUUCGCAAGGGGUCAUGGGAAUGUUCAAUGUGCUGUGAGGAGGAUCAUGGGAAAGCUUUAAAAACGCAAAGGCUCACUGUAUCCUUCACCCUUCCUAUAAUCCCAUAAUCCCUUCGUAAAAACAAAGAAAUGACUGAGUACAAGGCAGAUGUGUUUGAAAAUUGACGGCUAACGGGCCUUAUGUUUUUGCUAGGGAAAAUACAAAAAGGCGGUGGAGUUUCUACAAGAACAGAGGCUUUCUUCGGAGCAAGAUACUUCAUCCAACCAAGAGGUAAGUCUUUGUAGAAAUUAAAAUUUCUCAAGCUGUUUUAUUUAUUUUGGUGUUCCUUUUUGCGUGACAUCUUAUUAGAGGCCUAUUAAUCCAACUUCGACCUAUUUCCUAGCCUUGCGCGCAGACGUUUUUGUCUUGCCACGCGUCGUUCCUCCCCAACGAAGCCCUCCCCUCUUGGGGAGGAGCGUUGCGUGACGAGACAAAACGGGUGGAUGGGAGACUACCUAUUUUCCAGGGCUGAGUUUCUCAAAGCAUGGUUAGCUUUAACCACUGGUUAAGCAGUAUCAAAACCAAUACGUUGUCAAGGUAUUAAACGCUGGUUAACGGUAACCAUGCUUCGAGCAACUGGGCCCAGCACUUUAAUUUCCCUCGGAUAUUUGGCCACUGCCAAUUUCUGAGACCAUGGUCAAACUCCUUGUAUCUUUUAUCUUUCAGUUAUUGAUAAGAGGCGCCAUUCAAUUAUCCUGUUGUUACUUUCAACUUGACGAUCAUAAGGUAAUAAAAAAUCACGUCGGCAAACACAAGUUGUUGUCGACUUCUCUCGAUUGUGUUUUUGAGUGGCUGAUUACGGAAAGGUACUAAACCCUAGAAAAAGUGCAAUUAAUUGAUGGCAAGUGGCGACUUAAAUGCAUAAAAUAGUUCGCAACAUUACCAGAAACAGAGUAAUAAAGAAGAAGCAACAGGUAAAAACAACAAGUGAUUGUAGGAAGCCCAGUUCUGGCCCCUCUCUCUCUGUCACGCAACGCCCUCUCCCGGCGUUGCGUGACAGAGAGAGGGGGGCGAGAACUGGACUAACUUGCUAGGCCGCCGCUUAGUAGAGGUUUGACGGUGCUUUCAAGUUUGUGUGUUGUUUUCUUGAUUUUUCUUGUUAUCUUUUCCACAGAGAGCAUGUGAAGAAGCUCUCUAUGGUCUUCAGUUUUUUUCGUCAAGAAGCUCGACCACAGAAAACAUGGCACUGAAACGAUCGACGUCAGUCCAUCAAGGAAAACUUGACGUAACUGGAAACGACUCGGCAACCGCAGCAUCUUCUACUUCUGGUAAUUUAGGAUUUGUUCCACAAACGAAGCAUAGCAUUAAGAUAAAGGGUUUUUUUAGCAUAAAAAAAUGGCGUGGAAUUGAUGAACUUUAAAUAUUAAAACUGUUACAAUAGAAAUUACAAGCCCUCGUUCCGAUGAAUUAAUUAGCAAUCAUUGGAUUCGGCUUUCUUUUGAUAUGAAGAAUUAUGCAGAUCGAGGUAACACCCUGUGAGAUCUUCAUAAUUUUUCACAUCAUGCGACAUCCGAAUCCAGUAAUUUUUUUUUCAUACAUUCUAUGUACUUAUUGAUUGAAUAGGAGGGUCGAACGGGAAAAUAUUUGGCUCGAGGUUAGGGCGUGCGGACCGAGGGCAGCGGUCAGGACGCACGGACACCAUUUUCUCCAACCUCGUUCGGGGGUUUUCUAUCUUUUCUUUCUCGAGGCAAGAGGGAGAACCCUAGGAACGAGGUUUGCACUGGUUAAACAGCUAAGCCACGCCUUUUGUCCUUUUUCUAUUAUUGACGUCGAUUGAUAUUGAUAUCGACGAAUAUUGUCUAAAUUUAGGAAUAGCUGGUUAUGAAGAAUUUGCCAGAGGAUUUAAACCAAUCAGCAACGGAGGAGCGUGCGUCACAUGAUUUCUAAUCUUGUGCCUUUACUUCCAGGUCGGACUUUACGGCUGAUUCAGUGCAGUGAAGCGGAAGUUCUGUCCUUUUGUGUGCGUUUACUUCUGUCUUCCCUCAAGGUGAUCAAGUCACUUUAAACGAACGAUUGUGACAAUGGGGAACGAAAACAAAGACGGUUUUGAGCGACGCAAGUCACCGGAAGCUAUUCUGCUACACAGCCAUGGGGAGGAGCGUUGCGUGACGACACUAAAAACGGCUGUGUAGCAGACUAACCGGAAGUGGACUUUUUUCAAUCUUGGGCAGUGGUUUUGCCCACAUUUUCUGCCAAAUUGUCUUUGUAAGAGUAAAGAAACUUAUUUUAAAAGGCAAAAGCCCUUAUUUCCGGUUAACGUACGUCGCUCAAUUGCUAAAGCUCCCUGAUAAGAAUCAGAAGGUGACUAAGCCAAGGUCUUUGUGUUGCUGAUGAUGUAGUCAUGAAAUCACUUAAUGACAUCGAACCUAAGACUAAAAGGCAUUCCCAAACAUUAGUUACAAAUUCAAGUGCAAAUAACAACAACAAUAGAGAAACAACGAUUAUUCGUUUUUCUGUUACCAAGUUAUUCUUGUAGAUCUUUUUAAUUGAGAAGUUAGUGACAUCAAACACUUUAAAAAGUGUCUCAUCACAAAUUAAACACCUUGUAGUUCGUGAAAAAUUUUCGGCUACGCGUCUCAUUUUCAUCUCUCCUCUCGGUGUUUGAUAUGUUAUAAAACACCCCGUCUCGUGUUUUAUCGUAAGAUCGCUAAAAAAAAAAAAACCCUGUGAUCGCAGCGAUGAUUUGAAAACACUUUUUCAACGAUCAUUCCGUAUCAUUUAGAGCCAUCUUUGCUAUUAUUUGGAAACCGUUUUCCUCUGAAUAUAUCGCUUCCAGGAGUAAUUCUUAUGCCACAUUUUCAAGCUAGCAACCAACUAAGGGAAAAGCCCUGGGGACGAGGUUGUCGAGGCGGUUAUAUAUGAACCAGUUAUCGCAAAGAUCGGUAAAUUUUCACUGUAGCGGCCGUAGUGAAACCAUUCUUAACCUCUAAACAAAACCCAACCUUCAACACAAUAGCUAACAACAGUAUUGCGUACAGCAUAAAAAACGACACCAACUUUUCUUUUCGUCUUCCUUCUUCAGCAAAGGCUGGCGACAGAAGGACGUAAUGACACCCUCAUAGGUCACGUGAUCGUUCUUCUGCAGUAUGGUUGGCCAAGAGAGGAAGCAACUUUUUAUGAACUCCUCGACAAGAUCCGUGAUCACGGCGGGCUGAAAUACAGAGUGUUUUUCAACUAUGUAAGCAGUAUCCUUUUGCAGUACUUUCUUUUUGGUUGUUUUGUUUCCUUUAAACCCUGCAAGGGACUAAAAUAUGAAUAGGCCGUUCCGAGUUCCCCGGGUCUCUGUAUCAAAACAAGGGUAAGUGCUCAGCCUUUGAUAUGGAAAUGAUUUUUCAUUGUCGUGCAAAUAAAACUCAUUUACACAAGAAAGGUGCACUUGACCUUAUUUUGAAAGUGAGGGUUUUUGGAACUCGGAAGUAGCCUAUUAAAAAAUGACGUGUGGUAUUCUUUUACACGAAUCGCAAAAAUCCUUGCCGUGAAGUACAUUACUGUUGUACCUCUACUUAAUACAAAAAACUGCUCUUUUACGAAUAGCUCCCUUGGUCCCCUAACAUGCAAAACUUCAGACAAUCUCAUUUUCUAUAAUACGAACACCUGUGUAAUGCGGAUACUUGGUUCUGUCCCUUUUGGUGUUCCUUUUAAGAUGGUUUGACUGAGUAGGUUCUGACAGAAAGUGACUCCAAAGACAACGUGGAUUUCCAUUGUAAAUCAGAGCUUUUAACCACACAAGUCCAAUAUGUUUUAAAUGCAAAACCAUGACUCAGAGUAUAACGAAACCAGCGUAAUUACUAAUUACAGUAAUUUGGAUUUUGUUUCCUCUGGAUUUUCAUUGCAUAUUCACUCAAAUUACUCCUUGCUUAUGGUGGAGGAAGAGGUUGGAAAUUAGGCUCAAAACUGUUACUUACGUCAACCAACUCUUGUCUUUCGUUUCAAGUUAAUAUACUGUUAACUUAGCUGUAAGAGAGAAGAGUGAUAAUGGUAAAGAUGAUAUUCAUAAUGAUGAUAACGUUGAUGGUGAAUGAUAUCAGGGACUUUAAGAUCCAACGACGCGGACGGCAACGAGAACGUGAAAAAAAAACAAAAGGUUUUAUAAGCAAACAACAACUUUGCACGUGCAUCACGUUUUUUUGUACAUUUCUUUCCUGUUUUUGCACGACUUCGACGUGAAAAUGCCUUAUUUCCCGUUUUAAGGAGGACGUAAAUAAGCAACGACGAAAUUUUAUUUCUCUUUCCGAGCUAGAAUAUGGUCACUUGAAAUUCAGCUUCAGAAGGGUUCGCCUAGUACAUUUGACAAAGUAAGUGGUAGGAAUAAUCGCUGUAAAGACUAAAAGAACGCAAAUUCACUUUUUAAGCGACGUUCUCGUUGCCGUCGCGUUGUCGGAUCUUAAACUCCCUCUUAAGCAACAAUGACGGUGACGGCUUCGAAAAGUAAAGUCGCGCUGCUUCCAUCUUCAUCGCACUUAUUCCAUCACGUUCAAUUCGUCAAAUGCUGGCAAUGUUUUCUGGAGUUAAAUUCUGAAAGCGGGUAACGAAGUUCAGGAAAAGAAAAACAAAGUCGUUGUUUUGUGUUCACGUCCUCCACAAGACGUGAAAUUAGGCAUUUUCACGUCGUAGUCGUGCAGUGACGGCAAGGGAAUGUACAAAAAAGCGUGGUGCACGUGCAGAGUUGUUGUUUGGCCAAUCUAAACCGAGUCUUGUUUUGCCUCUCUCGCUGACGUCCCCGUUGUCGUUGCUUGAGCUCAAUAAUAAUGAUGAUGGUGAUAAUGCUGCUGCUGCUGCUGCUGAUGAUGAUGAUGAUGACGGUAGUGGUGGUGGUGGUGGUGGUGUAAAGGUAUUGAGUUGUUCAUUUUAACUGUUGCCAGAUAUCGAUAUUUUAGAAGAGUUCGCUCAUCUUUACACUGACGACAGCUAUAAUCUUGAUCUUGUUCCUGUUGCUACGUCUGGUUCAAGGUGAGCACGCUUCUACUGUGCCAACAUCAAACUGAUCCUUUUCUCUUGGAAACUGUUGAGAUUUUUCUGCUGAUCUUCGUUUUUCUUCACAUACGAUCAACUGUCUCAUAUAAAACUUGGGCUAAUGUGCCUUCAUAAAGGGUUUAGGAGGGCUUAUCAUCGGAGGGGCUUGUAUCCAAGGAGGCUUAUAGACCUCUUUAGCUUGUAUGUUUUGUUUUCCCAAUAGAGGUCCCGGGGAAACUUGACCCUUUGUCUCGUCAUAAUUAUGCGUACUUAUGCACGUGAAUAUGACGAAAUUUGAAAGAAACAGUUCCCUAGAGUAUUAUCACAUGACCUGUAUUAGGAAAACAAAACGUACAAGCUAAAGAGGUCUUUGGCCGGACAAGAAAAUGCGUUUGCAAACCAGCUAUGGCAGUGCUGAUCAAAAUACGUUUUGCAUUUGCUGGAGUCUAUUUCUGCUUCAAAAUGUCAUAAUAAAUCGAAUUUAUUCCAAUACAUUUGGAGAGUGAUUAUAUCCGGGUCUUAUAAUCGGACGGUUUUUGUUGUUGUUGUUGUUGUUUACAGGUACAUGGGCCUAUAACUGGGGGAUUCAUGAGUAGGGGGCGUAUUAGCGGCAGUUUACGGCAUAUGCGACAAUAGCGGAGAGCUUUAGAUUUGAGGAGCGCGUGUUCUAAACAAAGACACCCCGGAAAGCUUCACUUUACUUUUUUUCACCAAAAAAGUUAGUACGGUUAUUUAUACUGAAGAAGGUUAAGCCCUCUCCAGAUAGCAAAAUGAUAAAACUUCUUACAUUUGAUAACUUGUUCCCGCCACACGCUAAAACUCGUAGUAGAUCAGAAUGACGACGGCUAUCACGUUUUCCCGCCAAAAUGACGCUUGUUCACGCGUGAGCAAUACUCAGUCUUGAGAAAAUCUCGUACUGGUAGUCGUCCUCGUCUCAGAAUCAGCUAGAAUCUAAAGCUCUCUUAUAGGCCACUUGCACUAAGAGGUCACGUGACCAAUGCUUCCUUUAAACAACGGGUUGGAAUCUUGCUGAUGCCAAAAAUUGACAAAGCACAUAAAAAUUAUCUUACACCCGAAAUUUGAGAGGAAACGCGUCUAGGGGUGAUAUUUUAUGGCACUUUGAUUUUUCAACAAAGUAGUAUGAUUUGUAUUGGCCGCCCUGCUGGAGGGCAUACUCUUGCCCUCCAGCAUGGCGGCCAAAACUACUUUUUGCUUAUACAUUUUGUUAAACGUUUGAUAGUUACGCUCAGAUGUGCUGUAAACGUUACCACGUCAUCUUUUCAACAUUUUCCUUGAAGUUUAAGUGCAAAAUUUGCGUUCAGAAAGAGGUGAUUCAUAAUUUUAAAAAUCACAUUUUGGUCACGUGACCAGCUACGAACUUACUCAUUUUAAGAAAAUGGUGCGGGUUUGAAAAACCAAAUAACUAUUGUUUUGUUUAAGAUAUGACCUGACUUAUGAUGAUGUGUUUGUUUCAUAUCUAUCUUUUUACAGUAGAGCCGUAACCCGAGGGGUAAACAAGGGGGCCAAGGAAGACUUCCGUGCCGCCCUGGAGCGACAAAUCGCACGAAGUGACGAGAAUUUCGAGCCAUUGCUUAGAGGUUUUUUCCAGGAAGAGGCAGAUUCCCUAGUAAACUAA